AACCAACAUGGCGGCAUUAUGCAGGUUCCUUGGCGACGAAGCCGUAGAACUCUACAAAAAAGCUAAAUUCUUUGCUGAUGAAGAAUCAAAAAAUGACCCAGGAGAUGAACCGUUUCGCUCCAAGUAUAAAGCCAGAGAAUUGUAUAAAGAAAUUAGCAAUCGAAUUACGGAUAAGUUUAAUGAAGUUCAGUCUGACAAAUCCCAAGAUUAUCGGCAACUUCUGACCCUUUCAAUCUGUAUUGAGCAAGUAAUCGGGUUAAACUAUAUGGAUACAGAAGAAUUAGCUGAAGGUGAAGAUUGCCUCAUGUCAUGCUUAAAACGCAUUGAAGAACAUGGAUUGAAUGAUGCAGUGAGUUUGCAUAUGAACAUUUUGAAUUAUUUAGGUAUUUUGUGGAGUGAGCGAGGAGAACUGGACAGGUCUUUGGAAUACUUAGUUUGUGCAGAAAACUUAUAUGGUGUAUAUAAAAAGAAUAUUGGUGAUGCUCCUUUAGCAUUUAUAGAGCUUCUUGAACAGUACGAAGGAGAUGAGAAUGAAAGUGCACGCCAGCGAUGUCAAUCUUUUGAAAGCAUUCACACUCACACAUUAUAUUAUAUGGCACAAGUUUAUGCUAAGUUGGAGAAAAACAGUUUAUCUGCAAAGUAUUGUCAUAUGACAUUGCAGAGGCAGCUGCAAGCUGGAGAUUACAAUCCAGUUGACUGGGGAUUAAAUGCAGCUACACUUUCACAAUAUUAUUUAACUGCUGAAAAAUUCACAGAAGCAAGACAUUGUUUAGCCAGUGGAACUAUGAUAUUUGAAAGUUCUAAGAAGAAUGUUGAGCAACUUUCAGAACAGGAUUUGGAACUGCAGUCUCAAAGAGAGGCUGACAUUGAGAGAUGUUGGGUUAAAUACGGGCUAGGGAUAAUGGAAGCUUCAAGAGAUAAGAUGCUAGGGGAGAUUGAAGAUAAUGAUGAAGCUGAUGGCCCUUCAAGUGACAAUAAACCAAGGGCAUCAGACCACAAUGCUGACAAAAAAAAUGAAAACUCUGAUAUGAAUGGAAAUGCUGCAGAUUCCUGGUCAGAUAAAGUUUUCCAAGAGUUUCAACUUGAACUCACUGCAUAUGAAGAGCGCAUUACAGACAAAUUAGUUAGAACUUUUGAUGAUGCACGCAAAAUUUUCUUAUUUAUUGUUGAUAAAAUAAAGAAUGCUGAGAAAUUUUAUAGUUUAGAAUCACAUGCUAGUGAUGCUGUUGAGAUUAUACAAGACCACAGCAGAGCUUAUAAACUUCUUGCAUUUUUUGAAUUGGAUAUGAAUCGUCAGUGUAGAAUGCACAAACGUCGAAUAGAUAUGCUAUCAGAUCUGUUAAAAGAGCUGAAUCCCCAGCACUAUCUUCUUGUGUGCAGACAACUAAUGUUUGAAUUAGCUGAGACUUACAGUGAAAUGGUCGACCUCAAAGUCACCUUAAUUGAGCUGGAAAGAACUCGAGCCACCCCUUACAGUACUAGCAAAAUCAAUAACCUUGUGCAGCAAAGUAUUGACAAGUAUCAAGCCUAUAUUGACUCUCUCAAAGGUGGAAAACCAGAAUUACCACCAGAAUUUCCAGAAGGUGAUGUGCGCCCAGCUUUGGUUGCUUUUUUCUGUAUGGGAAGAUUGUAUUCAAAAUUUCUUCUACCAGAAAAAUCACAACGUCUUGCUAUGCUGACAAAAAGCUUAGAGUGCUAUAAGUUUGUAGUUACUUAUUGUGAAAAUAAUCCCUCAGCCCAAGAACUUGUUGAAAAUGAAUUGAAUUUAUGUAAAGAGAUGGUCACUCUCCUACCUAUAAAAAUGGUUAAACUUAAUGAUCAGGAUGAAAUUUGAUUGAGUAAUUUUUUAUUAGGUUCAGCAUAAAUUUUGUGUUUUAUUAGAUGUGUGCAAAUGGAAUUUUUCAGCAUUAAUAUUGACUCAUUGAUUGUCAUUCAAUGUUAGAGUACUUAGUUAUGCUUUUAAAAAAAAAUUACAUUUGUGAAUAUUGUUUUGACUCUAUAAAUUAGUGGUAAAAAUGACAGCAGCAGAGAACUUGAGUGUUCUGGUUGUGACUAAGGAAAUGUUGAACUUUCACUAGGAUUUUAAAAAAAAAACCAUUUUAACCCUUUGUUGUUGGUUUAUGCAAUAAUUUAUUUUUGUAUAAUUCAUCAAUUGUUAACAUUUUAAAAUGUGUCUGGUGAUAAGGUACAGUACUAAUACUAAUAAG